AUGGCUGAACCAGCACAUCAAGAGGUCAACACCAGCAAUGAGCCUAAGCUUGUAGAGUCAGAGACCAAGCUUGCCACUGAGCCAGCGGCAUUAAAGGAAGAAUCUGCCAAGGAAACUCCAGCUGAGGGAACUACCUUGACCGAAAAAGCUACUGAAGUCGCAUCUACCGCCGCCGCAACUGUUACCUCUGCCGCUACCGGUAUUACUGAUAAUGUUUUCUCUAUGUUCGGUGGUGGAGCUAAGAAGGAGAAGAAAGAGGAAGAGGACCGAGGAGAUAACUCAGGAUCUGCCAAGGCACAAAAGGCCGCCGCUGCUGAAGAGAACCCAGAGGAUGAAGCCCCAGAAUCUGAGGACGUUCACUUCGAGCCAGUCAUUCGUUUGACCGAGAAAGUCGAUGUUAAGACCAACGAAGAACUCGAGGAACAAACCUUUAAGAUGCGCGCUAAGCUCUUCAAAUUCGUCAAGGAUACCCAAGAGUGGAAGGAGCGUGGUACCGGUGAUGUUCGAUUCUUGAAACACAAAGAGAAUGGCAAGACUAGAUUGGUCAUGCGAAGAGACAAGACUUUGAAGGUCUGCGCCAACCACUAUGUUGUUCCUGACAUGAAGUUGUCCCCCAACGUUGGUAGUGAUAGAAGUUGGGUCUGGAAUGCCGCAGCAGAUGUCAGUGAGGGCGAGCCAGAAGCACAAACUUUGGCCAUCCGUUUUGCCAACUCUGAGAACGCAAACCUUUUCAAGGAGGCUUUCAUCAAGGCUCAACAAGAGAACGAAGUCUUUUUCAAGGCUUAA